CUCCCAGAAGCCUUUGUGACAACCAAUAAGGGAAUGAUGGGCUAGAGGAGGAGCCGCUUCCUUUUCUGGAACUAAGAUGGCGGCGGCCAGGCAGGAGGGGAGAGGGAGAGUGGUGGCGGCGGCCUCCCCUGCAGGGUUCACGGCAAUACCAGUUAAGUUCUCUGAAAAGCACCAGUCACCUCACUAUCUCUAUGUGAAGGAGCACAAAGUCAGAGAGGACAAAGAUCGUAACAGGCCACAAAACCGCACCCUUUUUGUUCUGAAUGUCCCCCCAUAUUGUACAGAGGGCUUCCGAGUUGCUUAUGUGGUCUUUAAGAGUCCUGCUGGAGUGCAGGCUGCCAAGUCCUUAUCAACAGAAGAGCCCCUACUGCUAUCUUCUAACAGUCAUCCUGUGAAAACAGGCAUUCAGAAGUGGAUUGCCAAGUAUGCAGCUUCAAUUGUGAAUCCUACAGAGCUGAAAACAGAAGUGGAUGCUUUCAUGCAAACCUAUGAUCAAAAGAUUGCAAAGGAGGAAGCAAAAGCUGAGAAGGAAGAUGGUGUUCCAGAUGAGGAAGGGUGGGUGAAGGUGACGAGGAAAGGCCGUAGACCUGGGCUCCCACGGACAGAGGCAGCCAACCUGCGCGCACUGGAGAGGGAGAAACGCAAAAGAGCACGCAAGGAACUGCUCAACUUCUACGCUUGGCAGCAUCGUGAGACCAAACGGGAACAUAUAGCCCAGCUGAGGAAGAAAUUUGAAGAAGACAAGCAGAAAAUUGCACUAAUGCGGGCUCAGCGGAAGUUUCGGCCAUAUUGAGUUUCAGAGUCUGUGGCUGUUGCUAAAAGAAUAGCAGUAACAGUAAAGACUGCACAGAAGGGGUUUGGGAGGUCAAAUCUGAUAAGCUCUUUCCCCCUCUUUUAAUAUUUCUUGGACUGUCACAGAGGAAACAGAUAAAUAUAUAUGGCUUUAAGAAAUGCAGCCAUUUUGUUUGAUAAGGGCAUGUAAUGCUGGUAGUUCUGAAAUGGAUAUUCUAGUGAACCAGGUCCAGAACAGUUUUAUUCAACCAGUUUCUCUCUGCCCAUAGAGCAUGAGAACUUCUAAGGCAAUUUUUCAGCUGGUGUAGACAGACACCUUCUGUUGUAAAUAAAUUUUUAAUGUUAUGGAGAAACUAAGAUUAUGCUGUAUGUUCACUAUUUUUCUGUUUGGUUUGCUGGAAAUUGCAAAACAAACUUUCACAUAAAUAGUCCUAAGGGGCAGCUGCUUCUCAAGUUUAUCUACUCCCUCAAACUAUAUUACAUUAUAACCAGUGCUUGAUUGUACUCGGCGUAGAUUACUGGUAUAUUCAGGAGCAAUUAUUCUGCUAUUACUGUACACAUGCCUUCAUAGUAAUACUGCUUCCUACACCAUCGGGGGAAUGUGGCCCCUGUACUUUGGUAGUUGUUCACUCUUGCUUUAUAUUGACUCUCAAGCAUUUUAUUAUAAUUUCAGGAACAGACUUCCCACUGCAAAGACGCUGAAGAGUUGCAGGCUAUGACAACACCUGCUUUUAUUUGCUACAUUAGCUCAAGGGCCAUCAACUUUAUUACACUUGUAAGCACAUUUGGAAAUCGGAGAUCCUGAUAGACCAUCAUCACAAAAUAUCUGGCAUCAAAAUGUCUUUUGGCAUAAAGAUCAAGAAAUACGCAUAAGAAAUUGAAUCUGAAUCCCACAUACCAAACCACUUAUUUAAUCCUAAAUAGCACAGAAUGAAAUAUAUACAGACAGCCUCUAUCAGCCAGUAUCAACUCCUUCCAGUAACCUUGUUUUUCCCCGCCAUCACACUGGGUUUAGCAUGGCCCAUCUUUCCUCUUCACCCAUCUCAUUGCUAAGUGGGAUUUAACUUAAACCAGCAUGAAUAACUAAAAAAAAUUAUUUGGUUAAUAACUGUAGUCUGUGUAGACCCAAUUUGCUUGUUUGUAGGAACUAUACUAGAAGUUUAUAUAUAUGAAUCAUUUAGUACCCAGCUCACCAUAAUCCUUCUUAAAUCAAAUAUAGGCACCAAGAAAGAACUGCAUCUCACUUAACCAUUUAGUAAGGAUUUUUUAAAAAGCUGUUUGCAUGGGCAUAUUGUUGUUGGAUAAAAACACCAGUAGAGCUGCUUCUACCAGAAGGCACAUUCUUGGCAAUAGUAACUACAACACCAUUAUUUCUUUUAUCUCACAAGACUCUUGCCUACCUAUAAGUUAUUCUGUGCAAACUAGGACAGUUUUUAUUCCUGCAGACAAAUGAGCAGCAAUAGCCUCUCUCAGUCAGGUCUGGUUCUUCACAUGACUUCUCACUGCUCUUAAGAUGAUGUUUGUUACAGCUUUGCUUUGAGGUUUUGAUUGUUAUUUAAAAAGGUGCUGACUAUCCCAGCCACAACUUCCGGCUCAUUGAGGUGGACAAAGUGAUUACCAGAAACUUCAGCAUACUGAAAAUGCUAAAGACAAAAAAGAACACAGUAAGAAACAUACUACAGAAGAGAAAAAGAAGAACUAUCAGAUAAUAAAAAACAAUACUGCUAAUAAA